GCAGUGGGGGCGGCGCGGGGCAACCGGGGUGCGGGGUGCCGGGGCGCGCGCGCUGGCCGCUCGCCGAUGGGGGCCCCCGAGCCGCCGAUUCCUGCCGAGUGUAGAGAGGAGAGAGUGAACAGGGAGCGGGGCUUUUGUCUGUUUAUUACCCAGAGCUCUCUGUCUGGGUCAGUCAAGAACCAUUUCCAAAUAAGGAAAUGGAGGGAAGGCUUCCUAAGGAGCAAGUUAGCUGGUGCUUCCGGCUCAGAUCUCAUGAGCUUGCUGUCAAGAAGUCAGCAAGCUGCAAUCAUCUGAAGGCCUGACCAGGGCUGAAGAAUCUGCUAUUGGCGGGAGAACUCCGUUCCUCCACUCAUGGGCCUCACCACAAGGCUACUUAAGUGCCUCAUGACCUCUGGCUUCCCUCAGAGCAAGUAAUUUGAGAGCUGGGAGCGAGCCACAAUGCCUGUGACCUAUUCUCAGAAGUCACUAUCAUCCAUCAUAUUCUAUUCAUUAGAAGCAAGUCACUAAAUAUAGCCCACACUCACGGGGAGGGAAUUAAUAAGCUCUACCUCCUAAAGGGAAGAAUAUUGAAGAAUUUAUGGCCACAUUUUAAAACCAGCACACCAUCUGAAGUUAAAGCACUCAGGGUAAUUGUAAGCCAGGGGCUGAAAGUGAGAAGGGCUGAAAUAGAAUCAUAGCUUACUUCUUUCACUGAAGAGGUUUUUACAGUCUUUAGAGUUCCAGAGUGAAGGUCCGGCUUUCCAGAUUGAAGGUGUGUACGGAGAGCAUCCAGGAACUGUAAUAUUGGGGUUGCACACCCUCCAUUUAUUAAGACAAGUGCUGUCAGCCCCGGAAGGAAAAUUUAAGAGAAUGUAUCAGGAACUGUAAAAAACAGGAAAGCUAGAAUAAAUAUUGUCUAAAGUUCUAUUCAACUCAGUGGACUUCGGUUCGCUGAUGACAACUCCCUCAGCUUCCAUGAAGCUUGAAAUAGUCACUGCAUUUUAAACUUGCGGGACCCAGCUAUGACUUGCUAAGCCAUGGACUUACGGGGUUAAUAACUGCUGAGGCAGAGGUAAGAACUUGGGAGUGCUCGCUGGAGUCCAGGUGGGAGACACAAACUCUGAUUAGGAGCCGCUUUGUUCUCUUUGGAGGCAAAAAAUAACACCCUGUGGCCUUUGGGCAGAGAUUGCUGACCAGCAACCAUGGCUCAGAUAGGCCUUGUAGACUUGUUUUGCCUGCUAGGUGUUUUAUAAAAAUCUUGAUUUAAUUGCCAACAUUUACAAAUGGGUAGAUUUCAUGUGAAAAUGCGGGUUUUUGUCUUCCCUGAAAAACUGGACGACACGGCAAUAGAGGGUUUGGAGCUGAGUGGGGCCUGCACCUUUGGUGAGGAACCACCCCUACCUCUCCACGAUCCAGUACUCAUAACCUCUGAUUGUCUUGUACCCUGCCUGCCUCCGUUGGCUUGUGGGUUUGCAGCACUCAUCCUCCGGGUUCAGGCAAUGGUAACGUGCUUAUUCACUCACAAAGGGCCCGGGGACCUUCUGAGAUCUUUUGUUCAGCAUCUGGAGUGCAUGCAGGUCUGUGAACACCAGACUGGGAACAGACUUCUCAUCACUGCUCCCCAAACAGGGGCUGCUGCAGUCCCAUCUGCAUCCCCAGACCCUCUUUUAAACUCUUCAGUGGCCCUCCCUCAGGGACUGAGACCCCUAUGGUAAAAAAUCUUGCACGGGGUCAGGCUAGGCUAGGUAGGGGUCUGAUAAACUCCUGAUUUCCAAACUAGGGUAUGUGUGCCUCAGGACACGUGAGGUCUUUCCAAGGAGUACAUGCUCAUGGGUAGUUUUAAGUGAACUAAUUUCCAGAUUCCCUAUACAUAUCCUACUCUUUCCCCAAAUGGAUCUACUGAGAAUGAAUCUGUAUUCAUAUUAGUCCCUGCCCCACAUUAUAACAACAAAGAUAUAUGCCCUUAAUAUGAUCCCAAACUCCCAGAUGUGGCAAACAAAAGGAAAAUUUCCUUUAAUGGAAGCUUUAUGGCCCUUUGAAGGUUCCUUUAAUCAGAAAUCCACAGAACUUUUGGCUUUCCCUUCUUAAACACAUGUUCAAAGUGCUAUGUUAGAAAACACAGAAAUAAAGUGUUUGGACUCAUAUAUGGCUUUUUAGAAUUCAGAUACACAUGGUAAAGUAGAAUGAUAGAAAUGACAAUUUUUAUUGAAUACCUUUUCCUCUUCUACCUCCUUACUCUUGUCAAAGAACGCCUUGCUCUUGAGGGGGAGGGUCCUGAGAGAAUGAAGCCCAGAGAGAAUCAGAGACAAUGACUACCAAAAGUGGCCUCUUCGUGCACUUGUACACAAUUAUUUUACACAAUUCUCCAUACUCAUCCCUAGAAUAUAGCUUAACUGGGAAGAAAUGCAACCUAGAGCAGCUACAGCAACACAGGUUUGCAAUGGUGAUUAUUGUAAAUGAAAUUAGAAUGCCUUCAAGGAAUACCAAUUUUUACAAAAUAAGAUGGAGAAAACCCAAGGAUAAACUUCCCUGUGCAUUUUCAGAUUUAGUGUGCAUUAGCUAAUACAGUUGUCAAAACCUGUUGUAUCAAACCAGAGCAUGAAAUAAUUGUUUCAGUUAUAGUCAAUUCUCUUUAUUCUUAUUUAAUGCUUAAUAUCUUUUUCAUAAUACUAAAAAAAUUAUGUGCUGCCAGACUGAUUAGCAGC